AUGCAAACGCCCUACACAAAUUUGAAUGGAAAUUCAAAUUCUUCUGCUUCGGAUAAAAAAUUAAACAAUGGUGAGUAUUCCUCAAUAAAUGAGUCGACUAAUGAGUCUCCCUUCAUGGAACGAGCCUCAUCUUCAUCGUUAUCGAACGUUUCAUCUUCUUCUGCAUCGCCUGUCGCUGUGCCGCCAAGGAGGAGAGGAAGACCGAAGAGAUCGACUUCCAGAAACGUGGAUUAUGAUUUAAAGAAGAGGAAAAUUAUCUCUUCUGAAGAUAAUCAUAAGAAAAAGAAGAGGAAUAAUCGUACACAAUCUACAUCAAGGACUAAUACUCCAUCUCAAAGCACCACCACGCUUCGAUAUGGGGCGGAUAAACAGGAUAACUAUGAUGAUAAUGAAAACACGCAACCAGAAAUUAAGAAAGAUAUCUUAGAAAGUGACGUAAACGGCAAAAUAAUACGCUUUAAUGAACCAAUCCCAGCGAAUGACGUUAUUAACCCUGCUACAGGUGUGUCUAUGGGCCAAGGUCCUAGUGAAAAAGUGAAGAGAACUUACCUUUGGAACUAUAAAAGAAGUAAUACCACUCCCGGCUUGCUGAUACCCUCCGGGUCGUUAAAGGUGAUACAGAAUGCAAACGUUGUCAGUACUAAUAAUGAUGAGGAUGAGAAAGCUGUGAGGGAAACGCAAAUGUAUGAUGAGCAAUUACAAACUAGGAAAUCAGAUUCAUUGACCAUGCCAAGUACUCUAAGAUACACAAUCAGGCUUAAUAAAAAUCGACCUAAAGAUGAAAAUUCUUCAAACAAAGACUCUAAAGAGAUUUUAUUAUCGCCAUCAAAGACCUCUCAUAAGAUCAAAGCAACUUUUUCAGCUGAAUCUAAAAGUAAAUUAUUAGGUCAAAACUCAUUACCGAACUUGCCAUUGGAUAGUGGUAUAAAGCAUGAAGCAGAUGAAAAACAGGAACAGGAGGGUACAAUAGAAAAUGACGACUAUUGUUCAGCAUGUUUCCAAACAGGCUCAUUCCUAUGUUGUGAUACUUGUCCUAAAUCUUUCCAUUUCCUUUGUUUGGAUCCGCCAUUAGAUCCUAACAAUUUACCGGAAGGUGAUUGGUCCUGUCAUGAAUGUCUAUUCAAGAUGAAGUAUCCAAAUAAUACUCAACUAUAUAAGGCAGAACGUGCAUUUGUUAAGAACCUUUCGAUGACCAAGACUAAGGGAAAUUUGUUUGGUAAGUUGUUAUUUCAAAUAAAUGGUAUUAAUCCAAGACAGUUCAAUUUACCUCAAUCAAUAAAAGAAACAUUCCAAGAUGUAAAAACAGGGCAGCGAGGGCAAUAUCUAGAUAAUAGAGAGAAAGAGCCUCUUCCAGAUAAGAUUUUAUAUGAUGCACCUUACGGGCAGAGUGUUACAAAAUUGGAUACGUAUAACCCUGAUAUACACAUUGAUUCAUCUAACCCUGAUAAGUAUCUAAUCUGUUACAAGUGUAGAACUACAAAGAUGGGAACAUGGGACCAUCCGGAAAAGGGGAGAUUGAUUAUGAGAUGUGACUACUGUAAUACCCCGUGGCAUUUAGAUUGUAUUCCAGAGGUACCGAGAGCGUCUCUUAAAAAUAUUGGUUUAAAAUGGAAAUGUCCAUUACAUGCUGUUCAAACUACAAAGAAGAGAAGAAGAUUAACUAGAAAUCAAGAAUACAUAGAACCACUCCAAUCUUGUGGCUUUCGGAAUGAUGGCGAUAUUGAGAUUCAUUUGGAUGAGCUUUCUUCUACUCAUUCCAAAUAUGUAAUGGAAGCAUUUAAAAAGCCAGGAAGUAUCCCAGCAGUUCCAAUCCUAAAAGAAAAUUCCGUGAAGUUGGAUUUCCUUGAUAAAGUCUUUAGAAUUAAGAAGACACAAAUGGAACAAAGUUUUAAACACCAGGAAAGAUUAAUUGAAACAAUCGUUUUUAAUGAAAAGAGACAACCUGCAAAAUCUGGUGACAUAAUACCACUGUUGUACUUUCAAAUGUGCAAUUCUAGCGGGAGCGAAUCAUAUAUGAAGAAAUUAUGGAAUUUGAAAGAACUCAGUAAGUUUGCUGGCGAUACAUUACAAAAAGAGAUGGCACCCAAUGGUGAAGAAGUAAAGGAAAAUUCAAAGGAUAUGAUAAACAUAUCGUCCUCUGAAUUACAAAAGUUACUCGAACUCAAACAAUUAUUAGAAUCGAAACCUAAAGAGGAUGUGAUAGAAUUUUUUGGUCUGAAUAAUAUAUAG